GCAGGCAGAAAUCAUCACCACCACCUCCCAGCCCCUCCAAAACAGCCACCCACCCAUCGUCAAGCUCACCCCGCCCGCCUGCCAACCUUCCUUGCAACAGCGCGCUCUCAUCAAGCGAACGUCCACUUAGUGUCUGCAUAAAAAAAUGGUUUGUCAUCGCUGACCCUUCACCGGAGAGUUCUCUCCUUCGCGGCUUGUGGAGUCAGAAAGAAGAGAAAAAAGCAGAAGAGGGAGAUAACGAUAUAAAGAGAGAGAGGGAGAGAGAGAGAGAGGACGGGAGGAGACAGGCGGAAAGAAAUACGCCUCUAUCCUCCUUCUUCUCCUGCACACUCCAGUGGACUUCCAUCCCUCCAUCCCCUUGCGUGGAAUGGGAUACCAGACACGCUGAAGAUUACCGCUCAUUUUCUUCUUUUUGCAAGAGAAGACCAGGAGUCAGUGCAAUCAUUUCUCACCUAUUUGCUCCAAGGACUGUACGAAAGACUUUAUUCUCCGAGUGUGCACCGGAUGUGCACGUAUGUGGUGACUGCACGGACUUGGAUGUCCAGCUGCCAGUGAGAUGUGAUUCCCUGGGGUUUCAUUCCACUUUGACAAAGCAAAGCGUGCUGUAACAGGCCAGGUGACGCCCACCCACCCCUCCAGAUGAUUCCUUUCAGCUACCUGUGCCUGUGUGCUGAUAAGUUGUGAGAAGCAGGAAGUACAUUCCCCUCUACUUCCGGGUCAACUGAACGUCAUGUGGACCAGAUGCCUUCUCUUCCUGUCAACCUUGUUUGCUCCCAUUGCCAUCGCCUCCAGCCGCGCUCCCAUCCCAAUGGCAGUGGUGCGCCGGGAGCUCUCGUGUGAGUCCUAUCCUAUCGAACUCCGCUGCCCUGGCACUGACGUCAUCAUGAUUGAGAGCGCCAACUACGGCCGCACGGACGACAAGAUUUGUGACUCGGACCCCGCCCAGAUGGAGAACACUCGGUGCUAUUUGCCCGACGCCUACAAGAUUAUGUCGCUCAGAUGCAACAACCGGACCCAGUGUGCAGUGGUAGCCGGCCCUGAUGUUUUUCCUGACCCUUGCCCCGGAACUUACAAGUACCUGGAGGUCCAGUAUGAAUGUGUUCCUUACAAGGUCGAACAAAAAGUGUUUCUGUGUCCCGGAAUUCUACGUGGAGUCUACCAAAGUGAGCAUCUCUUCGAGUCCGACCACCAGUCUGGAGCCUGGUGCAAAGACCCGCUGCAGGCCUCAGACAAAAUUUACUACAUGCCCUGGACCCCCUACCGGACAGACACCCUGACUGAGUACUCAUCAAAGGAGGACUUUAUUGCAGGUCGUCCGACCACCACAUACAAACUGCCGCAUCGGGUGGACGGCACUGGCUUUGUUGUCUACGACGGUGCGCUGUUCUUCAACAAAGAGCGCACUCGCAACAUUGUCAAAUUUGACCUCCGCACGCGCAUCAAGAGUGGCGAGGCCAUCAUUGCCAACGCCAAUUAUCACGACACCUCACCUUACCGCUGGGGGGGCAAAUCAGACAUCGAUUUAGCGGUGGAUGAGAACGGACUCUGGGUGAUCUAUGCAACGGAGCAAAACAACGGGCGCAUCGUGGUGAGCCAGCUGAACCCUUACACCUUACGCAUUGAAGGCUCCUGGGACACCAGUUACGACAAACGCUCCGCCUCCAAUGCCUUCAUGAUCUGCGGGGUCCUGUACGUUGUAAAAACCGUUUAUGAAGAUGAUGACAAUGAAGGUACGGGGAACAAGAUUGACUACAUGUACAACACGGAUAAGAGCAAGGAGAUGAACGUCAACAUACCGUUCCCCAACUCGUACCAGUACAUUGCUGCAGUGGAUUACAACCCGAGAGACAACCUCCUCUACGUGUGGAAUAACUACCACGUGGUCAAGUACUCACUCGACUUCGGCAACAAUGACUUCCGCCCACCUAUGAUCCCUCCCAACAGAGGAUCAGGAGGCGCAGUUGGUGGGGGCGCCACCUCCUCUUCCUCUUCCACCACAACUCGCUCUCCCCCUUACUUCACCACCCUACGGCCUCUCCUCACGACUUCACCCGGCCAGCGCUACCGAACCACCACGACAGUUCGGCAGCCUGUCAUAAAUCCUGCCGGCGGUUCACCGUCUGACAGCAAUCAGAUUCCAGACACAAGCCGCAAAGCUGGCGGACGCUACCCUCCAGUGCAGUUGCCCCCGGCGGCCCCUCAGCCCCCAGCUUUGCCUCCCCAAGACUUUUGUAGUCCAAGAUUGACGGCUGAUAUUUCGUGGCCUCGGACACAACAAGGCCAACUCGCCAAGCAGCCGUGCCCUGUCGGGACACUUGGCGUUGCCACAUACAUGUGCAUGGCUCAUGUGGGCUACUGGGAUCCUCAAGGCCCUGACCUCAGCAACUGCACGUCACCUUGGGUCAACCACAUCAUGCAGAAACUCCGGUCGGGUGAGACAGCAGCCAUUGUGGCAAGGGAACUGGCAGAGCAGACCAAAGGGCUCCUGCGUCCUGGGGAUGUGCCUUCCACUGUGCGGGCCAUGGCCCAGCUAGUGGAGCUGCUCGACGUGCAGCUCAGGAACCUUACACCUGGGGGAAAGGACAGCGCUGCCCGCAGUCUCACCAAGCUUCAGAAGAGAGAGAGGUCCUGCAGGUUUUUCACACAGGCCAUGGUGGAGACGGUGAAUAAUUUGCUGCAGCCGCGAGCCCAGGCCGCGUGGCGAGAGCUGUCCACCAGGGAGCAGCUGCACUCGGCCACGCUACUACUUGACACGGUGGAGACCGGCGCUUUUAUGUUGGCUGACAACCUCCUCAAGACGGACACUGUGCAGGAGACCACUGACAAUAUUCAGCUGGAAGUGGCCAGGCUUAGCACGGAUGGGAGCCUUACCGACUUGACAUUCCCUCAGUCAGAGCUACACGGAAACUCCAUCCAGCUGUCAGCCAGCACUCUCAAACAGCACGGCAGAAAUGGUGAGAUCAGGAUGGCCUUCGUCCUCUACAGGAAUUUGGGUUCCUAUCUCUCCACGGAGAACGCCAGCGUUAGACUGAGCAGCGAGGCCGUCUAUCCCAACUACUCGGUUAUUGUCAACUCGCCCGUCAUCACGGCAUCCAUCAACAAGGAGAGCAAUAAAGUUUACCUCUCCGAGCCUGUCAUCUUCACGGUUAAACACCUACAGCAUUCUGAAGAGAACUUCAAUCCAAACUGUUCCUUCUGGAGCUACUCCAAGCGUACCAUGACUGGCUUCUGGUCCACGCAGGACUGUCGUCUGCUGGCCACCAAUCGUACCCACACCAGCUGCUCCUGCACACACCUCACCAGCUUUGCCGUGCUCAUGGCCCACGUGGAGGUGAAGAAAGCAGACAGCAUCCACGACCUGCUCCUGGACGUGAUCACCUGGGUUGGGAUCCUGCUGUCGCUGGUCUGCCUGCUCAUCUGCAUCUUCACCUUCUGUUUCUUCCGCGGGCUGCAGAGCGACCGUAAUACCAUCCAUAAGAACCUCUGCAUCAGCCUCUUCAUUGCUGAGUCGCUCUUCCUGGUCGGAAUCAACCGAGCAGAUCAGCCGAUUGCCUGUGCAGUCUUUGCCGCCCUACUCCAUUUCUUCUUCUUGGCAGCCUUCACCUGGAUGUUCCUGGAAGGGGUGCAGCUGUACAUCAUGCUGGUGGAGGUGUUUGAGAGCGAACACUCCAGGACCAAGUACUUCUACCUGGCAGGAUACGGCGUGCCGGCUGUCAUAGUGGCCGUCUCGGCCGCUGUGGACUACAGGAGCUACGGCACAGAUCGAGUGUGUUGGCUGCGACUGGAUACAUACUUUAUCUGGAGCUUUAUAGGCCCUGCUACACUCAUCAUAAUGCUCAAUGUAAUCUUCCUUGGUAUCGCACUAUAUAAGAUGUUCCACCACACCGCCAUCCUCAAACCCGAUUCCGGAUGUCUGGACAACAUCAAGUCUUGGGUGAUUGGGGCCAUCGCCCUGCUGUGUCUGCUGGGUCUCACCUGGGCUUUUGGCCUGAUGUACAUCAACGAAAGCACCGUGAUCAUGGCCUACCUUUUCACCAUCUUCAACUCGCUGCAGGGCAUGUUCAUCUUUAUUUUCCACUGCAUUCUGCAGAAGAAGGUGCGUAAAGAGUACGGAAAGUGUCUGCGUACUCACUGCUGUAGCGGCAAGAGCGUAGAGACUUCCAUCUCCUCGUCCAAGACCACCACCUCCCGUACGCCCGGCCGCUACUCUACAGGCUCACAGGUGAGCUUACCUGCCUGCACACCUGGACGCUACAGCACAGCAGACUCUCAGAGUCGAAUCAGGCGGAUGUGGAACGACACUGUGAGGAAACAGGAGUCCUCCUUCAUCACGGGGGACAUCAACAGCUCCGCCACGCUUAACAGAGGAACCAUGGCUAAUCAUCUUAUAACUAAUGCUCUCCUUCGUCCCCAUGGUACUAACAAUCCUUAUAACACUCUCCUGGGGGACUCUGCAGUCUAUAACAACCCUGCUGCGGGCAUGUACAACACCCAAGCAUCUUACCGAGACACAAAGGGCAUCCUGAACAACGCAAGAGACUCCAGUGUUAUGGACACGCUGCCUCUUAAUGGUAACCACGGCAACAACUACAGCAUGGCCAGCAGCGAAUACUUGAGUGACUGUGUGCAAAUUCUAGACCGGAGCGGCGGCUACGGCACCCAUAGCAACCACAAAGAGACCACUUUGGAAAAGAAGAUAUUGAAAGAGCUUACCUCCAAUUAUAUCCCGUCUUAUCUCAACAACCACGAGAGGGCCACUAGCGAACGCAGUCACAACCUGAUGAACAAGCUGGUCAACAGCAGCAUGGCCAAUGGAGGGAGCCUGGCAGGAGGCAGCAGUAGCUCCAGCAGCAGUGGAGUAGGAGGCUGUGUGGGCAACGGUAAAGAGGACGGAGGCCCCAUGGUGCUGGACAACCCCGCAGCCUUCCCCCAUGAGGAGAACCUAGGUCUGGAAAUCAUCCGAGAGGAAUCCAAUGCGCCGCUCCUACCGCCGCGGCCCCCUCCUCCAGAUAGCCACCCGCCGCCGCCUCCCCCACACAGCUACUCGAGGCCUCGCCGCAUCCCGCAGGAAACCAGCGAGAGCUUUUUCCCCCUGCUGACCAAUGAGCACACCGACGAGCACACACACUCGCCCAGCCACAGAGACUCGCUGUACACCAGCAUGCCGGUUCUCACCGACCUCCCAGACGCCCAGGUGAAUGGAUUAACGGACGGCGAGGAAGAUAGCUCAGGAGAACUGCAGCCCUGUAAGAGCGCCACUGCGCCAGAGUUAGACGACGUCUACUACAAGAGCAUGCCCAACUUGGGCUCCAGGAACCACCUUCACGAGCUGCAGAGCUACUACCACAUGGGCCGCGGAGGUAGCGAUGGCUACAUGGUGUCCGGCAGCAAGGAGGAGUCUGAUUCUUCGCCUGAGGAGCCCCCUGUGGACCCUUCCCACCUGGUCACCAGUCUAUAGAGUCCACCAAGAGACUCCUGUCCCUCCCUGAGCUCACUACCUUCCACUGUUGUUGACUGACAGGCCAAGCGGGUCCGCCCCUGGACUAAGAGCUGCGUGAAACUCUCAUCAUGGUCCACAACAAUAAAGGGGCUGAAUGUAUUGUCAUCAGAGGGCGGCGCUGAGAGCCACUUUGUGAAUAUCAAACCUUGAGGAGAACCUUGGACCUGGAAGGGAGAGAAGCAGGGAGGGAUCUGUAAUUUUAUGUGUUGGACCUGAAAGUUCUCCAACUGGACCUCAAGGAGAUCAGAGUCUCCACUAUUACCACGACUGAGGUUCUGACCCCCCCACUCUCCUGGUUAAUAAGGAAUCGUCUGUGUUUCUGUAUGUGGAUCUCACUCUAAAAGACACAUUUUGAGGCCAUCCAGCCGCAACAUAAACUGGUCUCAGGCAAAGGCCCCGCCCCCACUACCUGCCAAUCAAGUGGAGGAUGUAUGAUAAAAAUCCCUCAGCAAGCAAACUCUAACCGUAUCUUUUCUGACAUUCUAAAUUCUCUUCCUGUUCAUAUCUGCUCAAUGGGAGUCGUGUCCAGGCUGGUGUCAUAUGUUCCUGCAAGUUCUCGUGACUGCGGCUGCUGUUUAUUUCGCUAAUAACAAAGACGGGAGAUCCGGUGGACGAGAACGGCCGGUUUCUCCUCCUUUCUUCAGUAGAAGACUUCAGUUAUCAAAAGAAUUACGACAAAGUGACUAAAUCAUUUCUAUGUAUUGUAUAGAAUACAGAUACAAAUGUUGCAUAUGGCCAGUUGUUAUUUUUCAGUUGUCUGUGGAACUGUUCGGAACUGUCUGGUCACGUAGGGGUGAUGGAAGCAGUAAGGAGCAACUUCUUAGCGCACUCUGACUAAUAUGCAUUUACCCAACGCACAGUUUUGGUCCGUUUACAGCCACACCACGCUCACUUACAUUUUGCAAAUUGUUACUAUAUAUUUUACACUGUGUAGUUGAAAGGGAAAAAGAAAGUGGUGCUUACUAUGGAAACACUUUUUCUGGAAGUUUUUUUUUUGGGGUGGGGGGCACACAGGGGCACCUGGGUGGGAAAGACACACCAGGUAUUUUGGAGUAACUUAUAUAUAAAGCAUAUUGUUUUUAUUGCCAAAUAUUCUACCAUUUGACAUUACCUAGCCGUACUCAUUGUGCAAAAUAAAAGAAAGAAAAAAAAUGGGAAUUGAAUGUCAUUCUCAGUAUGAAAAAUUGAAAGAAAUGCCAUUACUUUAUUUUACUUUUUUUUUUUUUACACCACCAAUGUGUACUGAAGAUGUGAACUCUCUGCACACUGCAGCACUGUUUAAUGUUAAAUCCAAUGUUUACUUAUUGAGGAGGGACAUUUUCAAAAGUUUGUAUGAAGUGUAGCUUCCACGUGUAUCCCGCGAGCGGCUUCCAAGUUUCCCGAGAGAGAAGUUAUUUAUUUAUCUGUUUAUCGGUUGAAAGAAAGCAGAAAAAAAAGAGGAUGACUUUUAUGCAGGAGUAAAUAAAGUGGCACAUGGAGUGCUUUCUUUUGAUUUGUUUCUUUAUUUUUAAAUUAUUAAGGUCAUGUUGAUUAUUCCGAUAUUAUUGCUGAUUAUUUAUUCUUUUUUGUAUGGGUUACCAAGUUGAAUGAUUUCAUAACUAAUAUUUGUUGUAACAGUGAAAGUUGUUUGCCAACAAAUAAAUUACUGAACUAG